AUGAAAAAACAAAUUGAAUACAUGGACUCCAAUAAAUACAUUGAACAUCUGCUAACUCAACUUGAGGAGCAACAUAGAAGCCUCUGGAGGGAGAAGUUGGCUGUGGCCCGUCUGCAGCGAGAAGUUGCCCAAAGAAGAAGUGAGGGGGCCAUGCAUGAGAAGCUGAUACAUGAAUUGGAAGAGGAGAGACACUUACGUCUUCAGAGUGAGAAGCGGUUGCAGGAGGUAACAUUGGAGUCAGAACGCAACAGAAUUCAGAUGCGUGGCCUGCAGCAGCAAUUCUCCAGGAUGGAAGAAACAGUACGAAAUCUAUUGCAGAGUCAAGGAUCUACAGAGCAGAAAAAAGAAGAAACUGUUAGUAUAAUGGUCUAUCAGGAAAAACUGUCAGAGGAUGAGAGAAAACACAAGGAAACUUUGGAAGAUCUUCACAUGGUAGUAGAUGAAGAUUCAAGAAGCGAAAGCAGCAGUGCAGAUGAGGGGAAAGAAAAGACCAAAUUGCUGUUAGAAAGAUUGAAAGCUCUAGAGGCAGAGAACUCAGCACUGGCUUUGGAAAAUGAAAAUCAAAGGGAGCAGUAUGAGCGAUGUCUUGAUGAGGUAGCCAACCAAGUUGUUCAAGCUCUCCUCACUCAAAAGGAUCUAAGGGAGGAAUGUGUAAAGUUGAAAACAAGAGUGUUUGAUUUGGAACAGCAGAAUCGAACAUUAAGUAUCUUGUUCCAACAGCGAGUCAGACCAACUUCUGAUCUGCUCCUCCAGAAACUUCAUUCACGCAUCUUAGAUCUUUCAUCUGGAGAUCUGCUUUCAGAGGUGGAAAGAAGCCGAAGUCCGACGCGGUCACAAACUGAUGUUGAGAUUCACCUGAAUGCAAAAUCAAGAACCCCUGCUUUGACAUGCCCUGGCUUGGGGGUUGUCAUCCCUGGUCAUCUCUGUUCUCGAAAUAGCUGCAGCAGCAGUGAACUGUCUCUUUCGAGCACCUGCAGCGAGUACUCCAGUGGCUCCUCCUACACCUGGCAUGAAGGGAAGAACCUCACAAAAAGGCAAUCAUCACAAAACUGGGAUAAAAGGCUAAGUAUUGAUUCUUCGCUUCCAAGUGGCUUUGCUAGUCCUACAGAUGAACUACCUCCAACUCGUAUCAAGGAAAGCCACAUUUUGGAAGGACUAAGAAAGCUACAGAAGCGAAAAGUGUUACUUGAACCCCCGUCAGUGAUAACCAAAUGGGGUUAUAAAGAUUGCAUGAACUCAAAUGAAGGAAUAUAUUCUCCAGGAAUUAAGAGUAGCAGCCUCAAGGAGUCUCCCCCCUGCAAACCAACGGACACAGGGAGCCCCUGCAAGGAGCCCCACAAGGCAUUUGUUUAUGACACAGAUUCCCAUGAUGAUGCCGACGAGAACCCUUCCUCCUUAGCGUUGAUUCAAGCUGUUCCAAACCAGGCCUGCAGGCUACAUGCUUGUAAAUUGACCCACAGUGUUUCUGACAGUCUCUUUGGCUGGGAGCCGAAUGGAAAACACUUUUCAGAAGGCACAUCCUCAGUUUACUCCAGGGAAAGACCUGAAAAGCUGCGCAGUUGUGCCAGCAACUAUCCCUUGGAGAGGAAGCUGUGCCCAAGUGUUCAGGCACCUCAGGUACAGAAAGAGAGGGGUCCACACAGUCAGAGCCACAUGGCUCUCAAUCUCCAGCUUUCAGACACUGAUGACAAUGAAACCCUCGAUGAGUUGCAUAUAGAUAGCAAUGAUGAGAAAAGCCCUUCAGACUUGUCACUGACUGCUGACACUGACAAGUCCACGGAGAAUCUGGACGUCCUCAUGGAAUUUGGAAAAUCUCAACUUGGUUCUCCUCAUGAGGAGGAAAGACAAGCGUCCAUCCACUUAGAGAGUAGGCCAAAGACAUUCAGUUUCAUUAAGCAGCAAAGGGUUGUCAAAAGGACUUCUUCAGAAGAAUGUAUUACUGUGAUAUUUGAUGCAGGAGAUGGCGAACCCAUUGAAUUCAGCUCUCACCAAGCAGGUGUUGUCACUGUUACCCAAAACGAAAUUUCCAUCAAUCAGGCCCCGACCGGACCCAAGGCAGAACACACUGAACAUUUACCUCAGGGAAUCGCUCACUUACAGCCCAGAGCUGCUGCAAGAGACUAUGCUUUCUUAAAGAGACCUGAAGAGGAAACCGAGAAAAACAUUCCACAGGAUGGUGCAGACAAUGUUGCUGAGGCACCCACUGAAUCUUUCAGCCCCAGGGCAGUAACACAAAGUACUCAGCAACAAAAACUGGCCAAACCGACCCAUAUUGUGUCAUGCCAGAGUAAUUCUAGGUCAUCAGUGUCCAUGGGUAUCUAUCAGAAGCAAGGUCUGACAAAAAUCCCUGCCAGAGGCAAGGCUUCACCUCAGAAAUCAAAAACAAUGGAGCUUGAAACCUCCACAAGUGUCCCUUCAUCCGGUCCAGUGACUCUUGAGAAAUCACCAGCCUUAGCUCCUGGGAAACUCUCACGGUUCAGGAAGACUGAAGGCCCAGCUUACCUCUUUGACGUACAAGCAGAUUCACACAUUCCAAAACACCCCACCCAACUUCCUCACAGCUCCAAAAUGUCCAGCAGGAGGGACUGGGUCCAGUGCCCCAAGAGUCAGAUUCCAGCCUCACAGUUGCUGUCAAGGCCCCUCACCAAGCCUAGUGACGAUGGAGAGCCCCUCACAAGGGACAAGCACUGUGACCCUGGGCCAGAGGCAGGGCUGAAAUCACCUUCCCCUCCUCCCCCUCCAGGCAGAUCAGUCUCCCUACUUAUCAGGCCCAGUUAUGACUAUUUGCCACCACCUUCAUCUGCCAAGCCCGAGACCAGGGUCCCCAAUGAGACAGCAAGGACUGUUUUCAAAUCCUCGCCUCUGAAAGGAUCCUCCGCUCCUAUUAUUUCUUCUAAUCAGACCAUGACAGAAGUGCAGGGGAAAAAACCCGUGGCCUUCAAAAAGCCCAUCUUCACUCACCCUCUGCCCUCCACAGAAACAGCGAUUCAAACCAGAUGCUCUGCUCGUACCCCCUCUAGCUCAGUUGUCAUGAUGGCCCCGGGGCCCCCAAAGGUCUCUCCAAAGAGAGGUGUCCCCAAAAUACCACCUCACCAAACACUUGGGACCAUACAAACAGACACAGCUUUACGGACUUCCAAGAAUUGUCCUUCAACCCAUGGACCACUGGAAAUACCAUCCUCCAAAACUGUAACUCCAGGAAGAAAAGGACAAUUGAAUGACAGUGUCUCCACAUCACCCAAACCUUCUUUCUUAGGGGUAAAGGACUCACCAUCAUCUCAGGUUAACAGUCCCUCAUCAUCACCGUCCUCCAAAAGCCAUAAUGCCCCACAAGGUUGUCAAAAUGCUCAUGAGAAAGGUUUGAAAACUCGCCUCCCAGUUGGGCUCAAAGUUCUCAUGAAGUCUCCCCAAUUGCUCAGGAAAAGUUCCACUGUGCCAGGGAAACAUGAAAAAGACAGUCUCAAUGAAGCCUCUAAAAGUUCUGUGGCUGCAAGCAAGUCUAAGCCAGAACACGCCAGGAAUCCGACAAGCUCUGAGACCACAGCGGCUGAAAGACAUGUGACUCCGCUAGGUUCACAAGCACAAAACAGUUUGGCUGAAGGGUUUCCCCUGGAAGCAGCAACGCCAGAGUCAUUGGAAAAUUGCAUCCCUGAGGCUGAGGGAAAAGAUGGAAUAGAAAACAGGUCUGUGAAAAGAUCCCUUUCCUCCAACAAGCCACACCUGAAACCAGCACUGGGCAUGAACGGAGCCAAAGCCCGAAGCCAGAGUUUCAGCACUCACUCAGGAGACAAGCCCCCCACACCCCCUGUGGAAGGGCCAGGCAAAGUCCGAACCCAGAUUAUUACCAACACUGCUGAGAGAGGCAAUUCCCUCACCCGGCAGAGCUCUUCCACGGAAGGCUCUCCCAACAGGACCCCUUGUGCCCCCGUGCCUGACAGUCUCCCCAGUGCUGCGAGUCCUCUGGGGCAUACUUCCUCCAGGCAGGGCUCACGGGGAAGCACAGGCAGCUUCAGCAGCCAGCAUGGAAGCCCAAGCAAGAUGCCUUCGAGGAUCCCUCCAAACUCCGAAGGGAUCCUCACCCUACCUAGACGUGAGGACCACGCCCAGGGAGGGGGCCCCAGUGUGGCUGCACCUGACGAACCAGGUGGCGACGACUGCGGAUGCCCACCCACCCCAGUAGACUGCCCACCAGCCCUGCAGAGCCCAGGGAGGACACAGCGUCCAAGCAGUUUUGAAACAAGCAGGACCCCCAAGCUAGAAAAUUCUGAAAGGUAUCCACCAGAUACUUCUACCACCAGGACUAAUGCCGUGAGCCCAGAAGCCCUUAUUUCACCUACAAUUGAAGAAAAGGUCAUGUUGUGCAUUCAGGAAAAUGUGGAAAAGGGUCAAGUGCAAACAAAGUCCACAUCUGCAGAAACGAAGCCAAGGCCCGGGCCUUCUUUUGCCAGCUGGUUUGGUUUUCGGAGGAGUAGACUUCCUGCUCUUAGUAGCAGGAAAACGGAGGUCUCCAAGACCAAAGUGGAGAAAAAAGACACAAAGAGCUUGGGGUUUGGAAACAAGCAGCUAAAAUCAGAGAGAAAAAAAGAGAAAAAGAAGCCCGAGCUACAGUGUGAGAUAGAAAACGAGUUUAAAAGAGACACCGAGCUGGCAGAUCAUCCACACGGUGGUUUGCAAAGCAAAAAUAAUCUGAAAACACCACAAGACAUUUAUGACCAAAUGAAGUUUGAACUGAGAAAUAGACCCAGCCCUGUUACAUGUUCAGCAAAAGAUACCUUUCUGACAGAACUUUUGAACAGAGUUGAUAAGAGAGCAGCUCAACAGACAGAAAGUGGAUCAAAUAAUGUUUCCUGCAGGAGCGUGUUAAAGGGCAGCUCCCAGGGCUCCUGUCUCACCGGCAGCUCCAUCAGUGCUCAAGGAAACCACAAGAAAAACAUCAAAACCAAAGCCGAUGUGGAAAUACCAAAAGGCUCCCUGGUAAAAGAGACAAAUGAAAACCUGCAAGAGGAUGAAGAAGAUACAGUUGUGGAUUCUGCAUUUCAGAGCCACAUCAUAGAAUCAAACUGCCAGAUGAGAACACUGGACAGUGGGAUCGGAACCUUCCCACUCCCAGACGCGGGGAGUCGCUCAACGGGACGGUACCUGUGUCAAGCAGACUCCACAGAGGACACUGAGCCCAUUCUGUCUCCUGCAGCCCUUUGCGCAGCUCCUUCCAUCAGAGCCCAGACCCUUGAACGAGAAGUGCCUUCCUCAGCUGAUAGCCAGGGCUUGGCAGACACCGCCAUUGUUCAUUCCACAUCUGACCCCAUCAUGGUUGCCAGGGGGAUGCGACCUCUUCAAAGUCGCCUCCCAAAACCAGCCUCCUCAGGAAAAAUCAAUUCCCCAAUGCAGAAUGAAGCAGAGCCAAGGCCUCAGACUUGUUCGUCAUUCAAAUAUGCUGAAGACACAAUGGAAAGGGAGCUGCUUCAAAACUGGGGAGGUGAAGACCCCUCUGGGGAGGCCCAGGACAAGGUACCCAGAAUGCGUUCGUACUCUGCCAGCGGUGGCAGUGGUAGUGACAGUGACCCGGACUAUGGAAAUAAUGGUUUUGGAGCUGGAAGGGGCAAAUUAGUGAAAACAAUGAAGAGCGCCACCCCAGAAAUUGAAACAAGUUGAAGAAACAAAAGAAGAUCCUGAGAAUAGAUUAUCUAAAAUUUCCCUGGAGUCAUUCCAUAAAUACAACAGCAAUACUAUGAUUUUAUUAGAAAAAGAGAAGAACUCUCUGAACAAGGCUGAAGGACGGAAGGAAGAAAAAGAAAAAAAUGAAGAGGCAUCUUUGAGUAGUUCAGACAGGCCCGGGGUAGACAAUUUGGAAUCUUUGAGUGAUUCUUUAUACGAUAGCUUCUCUUCCUGUGCAAGUCAGGGUUCAAAUGAUGCAUAAAGAACUUUUUUUUUUUUUCCCUUAGUGAGCCAGAAAUGGAGCACUUAAGAAACAGGGGUGAGGAAGGGGCAGGUAGAGAUGACAACAAUAAACCAUUUCAACAGAGUCUAUGUUGUCAGAUUCCCAGCAAGCAACCCACUGGAGCAUUCUUCUCUGACAGGGCAAUAAACAUAGACUCUAUUUGUCGUGUUUUAUGAGGAUUAAAAGUAAACACACCCACGAUACAAAAGUCUUAAUUUUGCACUUUUUUUUUGAAUACUUGUACAGAAGUUGUAAAUUUUUUGGAAAAGAAAUUAUAUUUGUAGCAACAACGACAAAAAGCAAUAAAUUGAAGCAGUGCCAAGCUCUUGAAAUGAUGUACUAAGUCUUUUAGAAGUUGAUAAUAUAUUUUUUAAAAAUUCCAACUAAAGUUUUUGUUCAAUUCAUUGUCCUAGUCCUCAAAUUGUUUGUGGGUACACUCUGCCAACCUUAAAAAGGGCCUGCCAAAACAAACAAACAAACAAACAAACAAACAGAGGGCUCAUUGUAAUCUCACAAUCUCGAUUUGAUAUGAACUUUAAUUCUAGUGCAAUUUCAAUAUUGUUGCCGGAGAUAUUCAGAAUCUAGUAAUAAGUGUAAUUCUACUUCUACUGAAAAAGGUAAAGGGUACUGAGUGUGACACUGAUCAGAACGGAUGUGUAUCAGAAGUGACCUAAUUCUAUUUUCAAAAGCAGGUUUUCCCUCCGAGCAUUUCCGUACAUUGUCUUCUACUUAAUGCUUCACUAUGAUUCUCAACAUUGUUGAUUUUUACCCUUCUGCUGUAUAUUAAAAUCUGGGAAAUCUAGAAUGAAAGCAAAUUUCUAUUUGCAAUGUUCACUUUUUUUAAAAAAAAUUAAAGUGGUUGGUGCUACAAAAAAUUCUUUUUAAUAUCCUUUUUUCUACAAAGUCUGUUUAUAUGUAAGGAUAAAUUCUAUUUUAAAGGUUAUGUGUAUUUUUUCUAGACGUGAACUAUUUAUAAUUGCUUUUGUACAGGAGCUUGUAAACUAGGCAUAAUAGAAAUAUUUUUAGGAUCUGUAUGGUUACUUUAGUACACACUUGUUUCUUUAAAGAGUAUUGUAUGAUCAGUGUUAUUUGGUAAAUUUGUGCAAUUUGUUAUAUUGGAAUUUUGUUGUCUUAAAAUGAAAAUUAUGUAGUGUCAUUGUCUUUCAGACUUUUAAAAAUUCUUUUGUUUCAUUUCUGAAUAAAAGUUAUAUCACAAUC